CAAUCUUUCAUCUUCAAGCUUCCUAACUCCGGGUCAAAAAUAAUAAUUCUCACCGAGAUGGCUUUCAGAAUCACCAGCCAAUUGCGAUCGGUCGGUAACCAAAUAGGUGGCUCUCGUCGCUUCGCCACCACAGUCGCCAAUGACGCCAAACAAACAUAUAACAAGUUCUCAGUAACGGGAGAGUUUGCACCAGUGGCUAUAAUAGGAGGUUUUGUUGCUUUAGCGGUUGCUAUGGCCGGACACAGCCUCAAGCAGCAGCUUGUGCAUUCUCCGGCGGUCAGUACAAGGAAGAACAGAAGAGCGGCUGUGGCCGAAGUCGAUGAUCCGAUCAACUGUGUCGCCUCCGCCGACAAAUUUAUCAACAAGUCUUGGCUAAGGAAAGUAGGUCAGAUUCAAGAUAAGUCCGGUGCUAUCUUAUCUGAUCCCACCAGACCUAACCCAUUCACCACGCCUCGAAAUGCAGAGACAUUGAACUCCGUUGGUGUGGCUCCAAAGGGAAUCUGAAAACUUUAUAUGAAUCGAAUAAGUUUUUUUUUUGGGCUUUCAAAUCAAACUUUCUAAUUUUUGGUUUACUAUGAUUUGUACAUAUAAUAAUCUCUUUGACAUUGUGACAAAUAAAGCUGCUUCCUAUUAGUAAAGUUCACAUGCAUUUAUCUCAAUUUCAACUAAAAAGGGUCAUUCAUAUAUUGAGUUUAAAGUCUUCUUCCCAAUGCCAUCACUGAUCAAACAAAGAGCAGUAGUACCAGUCAUGUCCGUGAAGCAGCUCACAAACAAGAACAACUUUGACAUGGAAACUUAAAACUGUGUCGAGAAGCAAUCACAAGAAAAGCAAAUAUGAAGAUGUCGAUUCACCUUACAGAUGCUUUCAAGUGAAGAUGGUUGCUCUGCAAUCUGUUUCUCGUGGAUAAACUGAUUUAAGAAAGCAUGUCAAGAAAGCUUUUGUCUAAUCUCCCAUCAUGCAACAUAUUCCCGACCAAACUUAUCGUUGAAGCGUCCCCACAGAAGCCGCAACUCCUCAUUUCCUUGAUGAGUUCUGCUGAUGCUUCUUUGUCACCAUCUCUGAGAUGUGCCCUAAUCAGCGUAUUAUAGAUCCUGGAAGAUGACCAGUGCUUUCUCGAGCUUCCCGUUAUUACAAAGUCCAUCUAACAAAAUGCUGUAUGUCCAAAUAUCACGAGGUGUACACCAGCAGAAACCAUGUUUGAAAACUUCUUGAGCAUUCUCACAGUCGCUGGCUUGGAAAAACCCUUUGAUAAGAGUGAUGUAGGUGACUGUGUUGCCAACUAAUCCUCUUUGAGUCAUCUCUCGGAAGAGUUCCACAGCAUCUUCGACCUUUUUAGACUUGCAAAUUGCAUCAAUAAGAGUAUUAUAAGUCACUACGUCUGGUAGACAACCUUUGCUAACCAUCAAAGCAAACAUCUGCUUGGCCUCCUCUAGACGAUCGUGCAUCGGUGCAUGCAAAGCCCAUUGAUCAGUGAACUGUAUGUGAAACUGUCAGGAUCUAUAGACCUACCGAUCAUUUCCUCUUACCGUGACGACAGAAACCAUUGAGCAGCGAAGAAAGCGUGACAACGCUGGGCUCAUACCCGAGUUUCAUCAUCAUCCCGAGCAUAGGUAAAGCAAGAGGGAGCUGAAAGCAGCAGCAGAAACAGUUUAUCAGAAUACUCCCAGCAUUUCCAUCUGUUGGAAGAGAGAUACCACAACAUCAUACUUGUUGAUCUUGGCGAUGGCACUCAACAAUCUACUGAAAUCAAUAAUUGAAGGGACAGGACGAGACUUGACCAUCUCACCGAAGAGAUCAACUGCAUCGUCUAACUUAAUAUCGUGUAGAAACCCACAUCUAAUUUUCUCUCUGUAAUCAUAACUAGCACCAGAGAAAGCUCGUCCCAAGCAACCAGAACCGCUAAGACUAGGAACAGUUCCAUGAUUACCUUUCUGCAGAAUUUGCCGGUGAGUGAAUCCCUUGGAUACUUUGGGACCCAAUCUCC